AUGUCGAACAUCGCCAUCCCGAGCGCCCCUGGAGCGCUGACCUCCCCGGAUGUUGGCUUCGUGGCUGUGGCUCCGGUGAAGCCAAUGGCUCCACUUACGGCCGUCGCGGCUGCGGGCACAGCGCCAAAGUCGCGCAAAGUGGCGUCGAACUUCGCAAGCUCUGCAUAUGGUGCUGUUGUGGCCACAACAACAGCGGGGCUUUUGGCUCGAGCCAAGCGCUCCAGAGUCUCCAAAGCCUCCAAAGUCUCCAAAGUUGCCGUCCGAGCUGGUGGUGGAGGUAUUGAGCCGGUCUCAAUGGACGAGGUGAAGAGUGCCCAGAGAGAAUGGGUGCAAGCCAUCAAGGACAUCUCCAAGACGUAUCUCCAGGGCGGCGACUAUGUCGGAGUGGCUGCCCAGGCAGCCGGUGACCUCUAUGGCUAUGGCCAUGGAAAUGUGCUCUUCAAGCCAACCAAAGCCAAGGACACCCAGUUCCGCCCAGAGGCGAAGCAGGCGUUGUCCUACUUCUUGGGUGCCGAUGCCAUGGGGCCAGGUGAAGGAAUUGCUGAGGAUCAUGGCUUUGCAAUCAACGGCGGCAAGGGUUGGUCAGACGUGCUUUUCGACAACCACCAAAUCGAGCUGAAUGGGAAUGUUGCCCUCGCCAUGGGCAACUAUUACUUCGCCAGCGCCUCGGAUGGGAGCCUCACCAAGGUCGAGUAUACGUUCGGCUACAAGAAGUGCCAGGAUGGCAAGGUGCGCAUCUUUCUCCACCACUCGUCAGUGCCAUACGGUGGAACUCCUGCCGCAGUCUCACGUGAAGAAGUGACAAGUGCCCAAGCAUCGUGGGCAGAGGCCAUCAGGAACAUUUCCAAAAGCUACUUGGAUGGCGGCGACUAUGUGGCAGUGGCCGCUCAGGCAGCCGGCGAGCUCUAUGGUUACGGCCAUGGAAAUGUCCUCUUCAAACCGACCAAAGCUGCAGACUUCCAGUUCCGCCCAGAUGCGAGCCAGGCCAUGUCGUACUUUGUAGGGGCGGACGCUAUGAAUCCGGGCGAGGGAAUCCCCGAGGAUCACGGCUUUGCAAUCAACGGGGGCCAAGGUUGGUCGGAUGUGCUCUUCGACAACCACCAGAUCGACUUGCACGGGGACGUCGCCCUUGCCAUGGGCAACUACUUCUUCACCAGUGCCGCGGAUGGGAGCAUCAGCAAGGUCGAAUAUACCUUCGGCUACAAGAAGUGCGAGGAUGGAAGAGUUCGCAUUUGCCUCCACCACUCAUCAAUUCCAUAUGGGGGUGCGUCAAUCGCCACAUCUGUUCCGACGGUCGCCCAAGUUUCUGCUGCACCGGUGCCGGUGGCAGCCGCCUUUGUGGGAUCAUCUGUUCAGAGUGGCACUCAGACUGCCCCCAAGAGCGGUGGCGAGGUGCACCAUUCCGCCGGCUUCGCAUAUGCCAUGCAGAAGGACGCCUAUGCAGACUUGGCUUUCGGCAAUGAUGUUGGCUACUUGCCAGAUGGAACGCCCAUGAACCGCGCGGGCAACUGCAUCAAUCAUCCCGAGACCAUCGGACCGGAUCCCCAUGCUCCAGGCUCGCCCCUGCCUCGUGGUUUGUUUGUGAAUGACGUUGGGUACUUGCCGGAUGGCACCCCAUUGAACAAGGCGGGGAACGCCAUCAACCACCCGGAAAACAUUGGGCCCGAUCCUCACGUGUCCGGGAGCCCCUUGCCAGCUUCAGCCUAUGCUGCAGAUGUGGGCUAUUUGGUGGACGGCACCCCCUUGGACCAGGCCGGCAACAAUGCCGUGCACUAG